GGCGCACACCUUUGGCUUCUGGGCGCUGCGCUCGGGAAUCCCCCCGGCGGGUGUCUCUGGUUUCUUUCCGUCCCGUUCCUUCUCUCCGGCUUCCAUCCCGAUCUUAAUUUUUGGCUGUGCCGGAGCGAGGGGCUGCCCGGCGAGGUGGCCUCAGGCUGAGAUAGAAUUGAAGCUAGAUAACUCUGUGCCUAAAAUGAUAAUCUCCUUUACCCUGCAGUAUGUUUGAGAAGCAUUUUACUUUUACAGAUAUGACUUCUGGUCAUUAUUUUCCCAGCCUUGAGAUUGGGAAGCACCUCAAUCGUUACAUAGCCAGUUUUGAUUGGCUUGAUCAGCACUGGUUGCCCCUUUUCCAGUUUACGCCCUUAUAUAUAUGAAGGAAGAGUGAAUUAAUUGAGAGGAAACGGAAGAAGGAAAAAGCCAUGGCUAGACGGAGUCAAUGAGAUUCUCAAAAAGGAGGAAAACAACAUGGACAUGUCUAUGCAAUCAUCAGGAACCAAAUUUGACUCAAAUAACUUUACCUUUUAUGAAUCAAAAAGAUGCACAAUUUAACAACCUGGAAGAAACCAAUAGCAAAUCAAUUUUGUCUUUUUGCUCAGAAAACAUAUGGAAUACCUAUGAAGUUACCAAGACUUGAGCUGAACUCAAAGGAAACUUGAUUUAACGGCAGCAGUGCUGAGAGUUAUUUGGACAAAGUGGAAAUAAAGUUCAUUAUAAUGGAUGAUAGGGAAUCUCCUACAAAUGAUCUUCAUUUAAAUUUAGAAGAUGUACUUCAUACUGACAUACAUGAAGAAAGGAUCAAAACUUGCUUGGCUUCUUCUCCAGAUGAAAAUGAAAAUCAGUGUAACAGUAGGAAGCAUAAUACUGAGAAAAACUCUCAUAAUGCAAUGGGAAGAGUUGAGCAGGACAGCAUUAAUAAUAACAAGGACAGUGGAGACCCUACAUCCUGCUUCCAAGAAAAUGAAAGCAAUAGGCCAUGUAAAAGUUUGAAAUCAGAUAUGCCACAGAAGCUUGGUCCUGAAAAAAAGAAUCCAAGAAAAACAAAAAGUCCUAGCAGGAAAGUCAAACAAGACAAAGCUGACAUUACAGCAGUAUCUUAUGUGGAAGGGGCAGAUGGAAACAAGACAAAUUCAAACCAUCCUCUGAAAGAACCAGCUCAAACUUUACAAUUCCUCUUCUCUCUUCUUCAAGGAGAAUCUAAGCAAAUGGAUUCAAACGUGCUUCCCCUGUUCCUGCACCAGAUUGCUGAAACUUAUUUUCAGGAUGGAGAAUAUGAGAAAGCAAUGACGUUCAUUCGGCUUGAACAGUUGUAUCACAAACAAUUACUUGCAAAUCUCUCUUCCCUUCAGCAGCAAUGGGAAACAAAAUGGAAAGCAACAGAGUGCAGUGAGGUUCCAAAUCUAAAGAAUUCUUCUAAAGAACUGAGUAAUGAAGAGCUAGACAAACUUGCUGAAUUUUGCACAUCUCAUCAAGAGCCACUUGUCUCCAGAAGCAAGCUCAUAAAUAAAGAAAUACCCUUCAGAUGUGAACGGUUCAUACGUUUAAUGGCAUCUGAAGAUUUAAAAGAACAAAUUACUUCUAUAUGGGAUUCAGAUACUCAGAACCGGCCAAGUAUUGAAGCAAAAAAAAAGAACCAUCACAGAGAAAGAGAUAGGGAUGAAAGUUUCCAGUCUGAAAGCUGUUGUCUGAUUAAGGAAAAAGAAAGACUUCAGCUAUCUGCGAGGAAACAUCAUCUCAAGGAGGAGCUCUGCUGUACUGAACUCACACUGAAUCAGCCAUUUGUUUUAUCCACAGAGACCCUGGACACGCCUUUCUCUCAGUGUUUAUCUUUGAGGGAUGCUGGUGAAAAUGACAGCCUGCAGCGAAGGAAAGAACAGUUCUCUCAGGAUGGAGCAAAAAUAGAAGCAGCAGCUGAGAAGCCUGCAGCAACGUGUUUUAGUGAACCAAUGGUAGAUGCAUUAGUUUGGACAGAUGCGGAUUAUAUACCUCCUGAUCUUAUAGCCACAGAUGAAAACAUUCCAUCUGAAAGAAACUUACUGAGGACAAAAAGCUGUUCUAGCUCUGUGGUGAUUGCCGGUAGCCAGUUGGAAAGCAACCUAAAUCAGCCACAGCAGCAACAGCCUGAUUAUGAAAAUAACAGAAAAUCUGUGCAAAACCAACCAUCAGACAUUAGUGGGAAUGUACAGUUUGACACUGAGAUGUCCAAACAGCCAAGAGUUGUAUAUGAAUGGAUACAGGAAGAAACAACAGUACUGGAAGAAAAAGGUGAAAGUGAGGCACCAGAAGGCUUCUUUGAACAGUUUUUAAAUGGUACCAUAAAAGUUAGAGAGGGGGCUCUUAAAUUUCUAGAAGCCCAAGAGAACUCUGAAAUUCUUCCACAUAUUCCACUUGAACAAGCACUUUAUUCUUCAUCGGAAGAUUAUUCACCAGAUGAAAGCUUUUCUUCACUUGACGAACUCGCAAAACGAAUACAGAUUGCAGAGACUGUUCCUGCAGAGGGCCUUGUGUCUAUAUUGAAAAAAAGAGACGACAGUGAAGAAAAUACAUUGGCUCAAAUUCAGCUGAGACAGUCAAAAAGAAGAGUGAGAUUCCAAGAAAUGGAAGAAACAUUAGAACAAGAGGACGUUGGAGCUGGCUCCUGCAUUUUGCUGAUCUUACUGUGCGUAGCAACUGUCUUCCUUAGUAUUGGAGGAACGGCAUUAUACUGUACACUUGGCAACACAGAAUCUGCAGUCUGUUCUGACUUUGCUGCCAAUGUGGAUUUUUACCACAGCCAGAUACAGAAGGGUAUAGAAGAACUUAAACACUGGAUACCUUUAUAUUAAAAGAAGAAAUAUGUACAGAUAGUAAUAUUUUACUGUUGUGAGAAGAAAGAAAAAUAGUUCAAGCUUCGAAUAAUUUGGCACUUUCAGAAGAAGUAACACGACAGAGGAAGCAUCUGUGUUGUACAUAGGCGUUAAUGUCCAGUAAUUGGAGUAAUCACCUUUCAUGAGGCAGCAUAAGAGACUGUCAUAAUGUUCUCCUUUUGAAAUGCUCAGAACAAUCUUCUGCUUACCAACUUAGAAAAAAAAAAGACAUUUAUCUUUCCUAAAAUUUCCAAUCCUCAUACAGUCAUAUGCAAUCUCUGUAAAUUUUAAUACAAAACAACUGGUUUUCCUUACAUCAUAAUGCAAAGAUAUUGUCUCCAGUUAUCAUGCAAUAAGUUCAUAUUUAAUGGAAACAAACCUUAUUUGGGAAUCAUGUAUUUUAUGUUUUUAAUUAUUUCAGUGAAUUGUAAUAAUUUGGAUGUGGUAGUGGUACAAACAGAAGCCUUCUCCAAAUGGAGCCUUCUCCAUUUAGAUGUUAUUUAAUUGUGCAGCAUUUUAAAAUGUAGCAGUUGUAAUAAGUGAUGCAUUCAUUAUUUUCCUAUACAGUCUUGGCAAAACACGCAGAGAGAGUUUUAGUAAUAGAUUCCUUAAAAUGGAUUUAUAAAACAGGUUCUCUAUAUAAAACCAAAUAUAAAAUAUGGCUCAUUUCAAUGCCAGUAAUAGCCAUUCAGGGUUAGUUGGAAUAUGGUAGCAUCCAGAUUGAAUUAAUAAAUAAAUAAAUUAUGAUUCACAUUUUUUUAAAAAAAGGGUUCACUUUGCACAUUUAUUUUUUUAGAUCCAUUUUUAUGGUAUUGUGAGUGUUCAUCUAACUGUAAAGUGGAACACAACAAAUAUAUUUACAAGCACUGACAUAAAACGUCUGAACUUGACAGAGACAUUUUUUUCUCUUUGACUGUGAUUCUAGUAACAAAAGUGGGUUUCUUCUCUAUUACAAACCAAAAUGGGCCUUGGACAAUUUUGGACAAUGUUAAAUCCUCUUUUGGUUUUAUUAAAACUACUGGUUUCUAUUUCUCCAAAUUAUAAAAAAAAAAGCAAACUGAAAAACUACCUUAGAAUGAAGGUAUCCAACAUGUAUUGUACUUUCUUUAUUUAAAUAUUGUGAGCUUCUCUGAAUCACUGAAAGUCAGGUAGCAGAUGAAAGUUUAAUUUAUUUUGCUUAGUUGCACAAUCAGCCAGAUAUUUAGACUGGAUUUGGCUUUUUUUUUUUAUCUUUACUCCUCCUAAGAACCUGGGAGAGGCAGAUAUUGAUUAAUAUUAUUAUUAAGGUAUCAUCACAUGAUAUAUUAUAAACUGUCCGAAGUAAAGCUGCCUUUUGCAACUGACCGGUGUGAUUUUUGUCAAUGCUGAUGUUGUUGAGUGGUGCUUCAGAAACUUUGGGAUGGCACUCAAAGCUCCUGCCUAGCGUUGCUUUCUUUCAUCAUUGUUAUUCUGCUUCUAUUUGCAGGCUUUCCUGAUUUGUGAUUUUUUUUCUGGUUCUUUCUCUUCUAUGCUGCUGUCUCCAGGUGUCUACUGCAGUGUCUACUUUUGUCUUUCCUAUCGACAGUUGUUAAGUCUGGGGUGUUAUCAAGCAGAUGUUUGAUUGCCUGAAUCCCAAGUUCUUGCUUACAGGCAAGUGGUAUUUCUUGCAGAUACUCAAUGCACCAUUUUUACUUUGUCAUAUUGUUGUUUGCAAUCAGUUUGCAAUAUUCUUGCAAUAGGAGGACCACUGUUUCUUCAGCUGCUUUGCAGGAAAGGCAUUUGCAGUCUGUUGCUGUCUGACUUUAUUUGCAUUUGUUCUUAAGGUGUGGUCUUAUGCAGCCAUAAUUAGUUCCUCUAUUUCUUUCUUCAACUUUCCUGCUCUUAGCCACUGCUAAGUCUUGUUAUCUGAUCUGCCUCCUAGGCAGCUAGGCUACAGGUAGUCCUCAACGUACAACCACAACUGAGCCCAACAUUUAUGUUGCUAAGUGAGAAAUUUGUUAAGUGAGUUUUGCCCCAUUUUAUGACUUUUCUUGCCACAUUUGUUAAAUGAAUCACUGCAGUUGUUAAAUUAGUAACCCGGUUGUUAAGUGAAUCUGGUUUUCCUAUUGAUUUUGUUUGUCAGAAGGUGGCAAAAGGGGAUCACAUGACCCAGGGACACUGCAACUGUCAUAAAUAUGAAUCAGUUGUCAAGCAUCUGAAUGUAAAUCAUUUGACUAAGGGGAUGCUGGAAUUGUCAUAAGUCUGAAAAAUGGUCAUAAGUCACUUUAUUCAGUGCUGUUGUAACAUUGAACGGUCACCAAGUGAACUGACUACCUGUACUGGCCAUAUAGUACUUUGUCUUGCCAUGUCUCAUUCUUUUCUAGUCUAUUCUAGUCUAUUCUUUGGCCUUUCUUACGGACAGUUUGGUAGCUUUGAUAUUCAGUAAGCCUUCAUAGUGUACUAGCAUCUUCUUCACUGGCCUUCGGAUAUUCUUCCAAAGCCUUUUUUCCUUCUUCAAUUAUCUGGUGUAUCCAUGCCACCUAUGCUCCUUGGUAAAUAGAUUCUGUCAAUGUCACUGCAUUGGGGAAGGGCAUGAUUCAUUGUCAUUUUUCUGGUCUUUCUAUCCAGGGUUUCUACCUCAUUUUAAAUCCAGUCCAUUCAUCCAUUGUAAUCUAAUCCACUGUAUUUCUAAUGAUUAGAGUUAUCCAGGUGUUAAUCACCUUGAUGGUAUUUCUGCCAUUUUGUUUGGAUUUUAAAAUUUUCUUCACUCUUCUGAUGUCUUUACUACUAACCUUCUUUUUGAUUUCAGUGUGCUUGCUGUUGUUAGCCUGAAAGAUACCCAGAUUAUUAUUAUUUAUAAUAAUCUUCAUCCAGAUUCCUAAUAUUAUUUCCAUAGGACAUCUUAAUUCCUUCAGUCUUCACUGUUUUUCCCCAUUGAUCAUAAGGGUGGCAUAUUGGUCCAGUCUAAACUCCAUUGCAAUAUCUUGACUUUAUAUUUGGAUAAUGUUGAACAUUGAUUCCAUUUCUGAUUGUAUUUUUCCUUAGAUUGUCCAUGUAAGGGAGGUGGGAGAGCCUCAUAGAUGUUUUUGAUGUUUGAUAGCCAUGGCCUGACUUGCUACAUGCUACAAAGCUACUCCACUAAUUACUCUUACAAUGUAAAUAUGCUAAUAAUAUCACUUAUGUAUGAAAACUACAUAAAUUUGCUAACCUUUCAGUAUGGUUAUCUGCUAUCAUUAUCCAUAGAAUUAACAACAAAGUUGCUGUACAAACUAGGUAAUAUAUAGGCACAAAUCAUGCAGCAGAAAUGGUAAUAUUGAGAAAGUAAUGGAACACUUAUAAAACUUCAGUUUCAUUGAGUAUUGUUUUAGUAUUUUCAGCUAAACAAUUAGCCGGGUUUUGUUAUGAAGUAAUAUUUACAGCUAAUCAGAAGUUCUGUUUGUUGUGGUUUGAAUUUCCUCAAUCUAUUUCAUUGUUUUUUUCAGGUAUGUAUUCAUGGGCCAAUCAUUUUGUUUUCUAUCAAUAAACUUAGAAGUAAUAAAGAAUGUUCCUCACAUUAAAUAAAAUAUACCCCUUUACAAUUAUUUGCCAUGAUUUAAGUAGUUAGUCCCUAAUGUUAAGGCUGCCAUGGCAAAAUAUGCUAUACGUAGAGAUCUAGGCAACAUGAUCUGAUAAAAAAAUCAUUGCUCUUGUUAGAGUCUAGAUUAUUGGAGUCCAGAACCUUACAGAUUGUCACAAGAAUGAAUUUAAGGAACAACGAAAUAAAAGCACCUGAGGGUAGAACAAGAAGCAAUGGGUGGAAACUAAUCAAGGAGAGAAGCAACUUAGAACUAAGGAGAAAUUUCCUGACAGUUAGAACAAUUAAUCAGUAGCACAACUUGCCUCCAGAAGUUGUCAAUGCUCCAACACUGGAAGUUUUUAAGAAGAGGUUGGCUAACCAUUUGUCUGAAGUGGUAUAGGGUUUCCUGCCUAAGCAGGGGGUUGGACUAGAAGACCUCCAAGGUCCCUUCCAACUCUGUUAUUCCAAAUAGGAAGAUGCAUUUCAAUCUGGAAUUGGCAGUUUAUUAAGAACCUUGUAGCAAUAAAAGCUUUUUUAUAUUCCUACCGGUUUGUGUGAGCACUUCAAAGUAGACCAGAUUAGGAAACCAGAAUUACAAAUACUAGUACUACUUUAAUAUAUAUAAUUAAUAUAUAUAUAUAUUAAUAUAACGGAAUCCAUAUGUGCUUCCCCCCCUCCCUUCUUUUAUCCUUAUGAGAAUUAGGGAGCGUCAUAUCUGAGGUGCUUUCUCAAAUGCCAUUUCUAACCUAGAUUGAGAUUUCUUUUAUCUGCCUGCUGGUUUGUCCUCCUGUUCCCCAAGAUUAUUCCUUCUGCCAAUUACAGUUUCAAAUCUUAGAACCGUUAAAAUUGGCAGAACAUCUUGGGGCCAUUAAGAUAUAAUUUAUAAGAAAUUAUAUUAAUCAGAUCUGACUUCAGGUAGUCUUGUGUUAGCAGCCACAGCUAGCACCAGGAAUUCUGCCACUACUCAUAUGAUUGCUAAGUGAAAAUAAUCUGUCCGUGACUUACAACUUUAUUUCCAUGUUUUCCAUUAACUCUACUUGUCUCAAACUGGUAGGGAAGCACGAAAAUGGUAAUCAUGUGACAAUGGGAUGCUGCAACAGUCAUAAAAAUGCACCAGUUGUAAAGUGCCUGAAUGUUGGUCAUGUGACCAUUGGACACUUAACGACACAAAGGUCGUAAGUGCAUUUUCACCAUAGCUUCAAAUGAUUGCUAAGUGAGGCAGUCAGUAACUGAGGACUACUUGUAAAUUUUGAUCUUUUUUCAGAUUAUCGUGCCGUAUAAUAAAUCUAAAAAUUGUUACAUGAUUGCCUUCCAACCCUAAAAUCAUACUCCAGAAAUCCAGUCUCUCUAAGGAUUGUAUAAAUCAGCAGAAACCUUUCAGUGAAUGAGAGAAAGUAAUGAUCAUGCUUUCUUUGGUGCUUUGCAGUUCUAAUUAGCCAAAGAUUAUCCUUUAAUAAAUGUAUAAUUUAAUAUUAAUGGUUUUGUGAAGCCAGGCUUUGACUAUAUAUAUAUUGAGUAAGCUUUAUUUAAACCCAAUGAAAGAAGGAGAAAAUUAUGUGAAAGUUAGGCAGGAACAUAUUAAUAUAAAAAUUAAGAGUACUAAAAGUCCUCCAUAUGUUCUGACUCGUGAUAUAAUUAGUAAAAGGCCACCUAAAGUUACCUUUAUGUUUAUCAAGAUAUUUACGUAAAUGAAGUUGGUGAGAAUGAGAGAUGCUUGUCUUUGUUAAUUGCUGUUUGUCCCGCACAUUUUAUUAAUAGAGCCAAGAGCACCUUCCAAAGCCACCAAUGAACAUAUUAGUGCAGGGGUGUCAAAGUCACGGGCCGGAUGUGUCACACAUGUCACGUGAUGACGUGACGCCGCAAGUUUGACACCCCUGAAUUAGUGAGACAGAAUUAGAAAAUAGUCAAAAGUAACAUCUCUGUUCUUAAAACCUAUUUGUUCAUAGCAAAUAAAAAAGCUUUUCUCCAGUCUUCCAGCUUCUACAGCAGUAAACAUGAAUAUAGCCUUGUUAGCAUAACUAGUGGAUAAAUUGGGUAAUAUUUAUUUGGAUUUUGUUUGUUGCCUGUUUUGUAAAUAGAGAUCAUUAUAGCAAGGGUCCGGGCCUUUUGGUCCUAUAUCUACUGUAUUUAUACAUUUGAAUAAUUUAGCAAGGAGUGACUGCCAUCCUUUUACAAAGGCUUUAAUAUCUUAGGUCAGCACUAACAUUUGCAAGAAUGCAUAACAUCCAACAACUAUUUUGAUAUUGAUCAUUUUUAUGGUAACAAUUAUUACCUGGAGCUUCUGCAUUUCAUAUGUUCCUCUGACUUCACUGCUUUCAGUGUUCCUCACUAUAAAUUUACAUAUGCAUAUAUACUGUAUAUGCUCAUCUCAAGGUAACAUUGCAUGCAUCAAGAUAACAUUGCAUGCAUUAUUACAUCAUGUAAUAAUAAAUGUGUUAAAUAUUAAAAAGGGAUUGAACAAAUGAAAAAUGAAAAAAUAAAUAAAUAAACAGAAAUAGCAUCAGCUGAACUUUAUUGGCAUGCUGUCCUGCUUAUUUCUUCAUUUUUAGAGCUAUGGACUCUAAAUUACCUACUUUCAAUCAAUAUUUUUCACUGUGGAAACUGCUGGUAAACCUUCUGUGUUUGGUUGAAAAACUGAGGCAUGUCCUAAAAGACAUACUUAGUUGAACAGGGUAUAGCUUACUUGCCAUCACUGUGUGUGAAAUCGUGUGCCUUAAAUUUUACCUGUAUGAACCCUGGUUCUGUAAUAGAGAAAAUCAUGGUAUAAACAACUGUGUUUUGGGCAAUCUGUCUCCAUAAUUCACAAAGAAUUUAGUUGUGCAUUUCAGGGCUACUAAAGAAGAUAUGUAAACUUUACUGAGGAUGAUGCGGAUAUAAUGUUGAUUCAGUAAGGGAUAGAACUGUCUUUGAAAGUAGAAUUUGCUUUGUAGGAUUUAUCUAAAAAAGUUUAUGAAGUGGCGUGAUCGGCACUAAAAGUCUGUCUUCAUGACGUACGCUAUUUUGAACUUCUUAAUGGAAAAAAGUAAUCACCUAAUGUUACUGGGCAUUGUUUAAACCUCAGAUGCAGUUAAAUAGCUUCUUGAACAUGACCACUGAACAUCAUGUUUGUUAUGGGUUUUUUUCUUAUCUUUUGCUAUCCUCUACCUCCCCUUUCUUUCAGCACUAUACCUGAUUAUUCUAUACAAUUCAAAACAUAAUUGAUUACUCCCAAACACAAUCCUCACCAUAGUGAUCAGUGCCAACAUUCAGUAAUUUGAAGCAUCUCUGUCUCUUUAAAGCAAUUGCAUCUUUUCCUUGGAUCAUAUAUUUUCCUUCCACUUUCAUAGCAUAAUCCCUGGAAAAGACAUAGCUGCUUUCAAGAAGUUAUCUCAUUUCGAUUCCUUCAUAAUCUGUCAGAAUUAUAAAAUCUAUCAAAUAGGUCUGUCAAACUCCUUUUACUUUCAUUAAAAUACUAUAUAAAGACAAGUUCACAUAGCAUUUAACAAUUUUUGUGAUUACAUAUACAGGUAUUCAUAAAUACACGAGGAUUCUUUUCCUUUUUCAAGAAAGAACAAAGACUUAUAAAAUAAAUAUACAUUUUUUUUCAACAAACCUGAAAUAAGACUUUUUUGCUCUGAGGUAUUUUUUGUUAGGGCUAUAAUUGAUUAGAUGAUAGGGAAAUUAAGUUAAGGGUACUAUAUCUGUUUAGGGAGUAGGCUUCACAAGUUGUUUCAAAUCUAUUAAUCACAAAUGGUACAUGCUACAUAAAUACUGUAUUUAGGCUUUUGUUGUGCAAACAACUAAUGGCAAGUGAAACAGUGACAGAAAUAUUCCAGAGUAUGGACGUAAAAAGCAUCAUUUAUUUUUUUUACUUUUUAAAGAGUAUGUGAAUUAUUAUUAGAGUUAUUCAUUUUUAUUUUUUCCUUUCCAUUUGUAGCUCAGCCUUCUCUCUGUGAUAAAUAAUAAAUAGAAUAGGCAGCAUCACAUUCUGUUUAAUUUACACAUCACACAAAUAUGUAAUUUCAUUGCGUCUCCUUUCCUUUCGUACCAUUCCUGUUCGCUGAAAAGUUUUUAGAAAGAUAGUUUGAAUUUUGACAUCUGAGUGACUAAUCUUGUAUAUUUGUGUUGACACACACUGCCUACAGUGUUCCUGUAGAUUUUAGUUAUACUAUGUUUUAUUAUACCUUGAAAUAAGGUUAGAAUCAAAAUAAUUCCUUGGCUGUACUGUACACAAAAGCUUCCAGCAUUCUUUAGAGUUGCCCUAUAUGUGUCUAUAUACUACUAAAAUUCUUGUGUCCUUUUGAUUGUUUGUAAUCUUCAGUUGAGCAGAACAGUGCAUCAUAGGGCAACAAUUUUUGAGUCAACAUACCUCAGAUACUUCCAGAAUGCAUCCAAAAUCGGGGAACCAUAACUCCCAAAUUUUGGCAACGUUGUGGUUGUUUCAGUGCUGCCGUGCUACUGUGCCGCCACUUUGCCAUGGUCAGCCACAGUCAUGUGAUUGUCAUUUCCAACACUUCCUGCCAGCGUUCUUCAAGAAAAGGUAAUGGGAAAGCCAUCAGGAAGUCGGAAGUCGUUCCAGCUCCCACAGGCUUUGCUUUGUUUUUUGCGUGCCCAUUGCCAUUCUGUUUCUCUGUUUAGGUAAGGUUAUCUAAUUGAUUACUAUUUUCUGCUGUAGAGAUCCUCCAUUGUCGGAAAUAUAAUUCUAAUAAAAAGAAUGUUCUAAUGAUAAAGCAUCCAAAACCCCUCUCCUUUCAUAGUGACCUGGAUCCUGUUCUAUGGAUUCAGGUAACUUAAGAUGGAGAACCUGUCAUUUUCUGGGGUCCCCGAACUACAGCUUCUAGUGUUCUUACGAUUGGCUGUGUUGGCUGGUGUUGCUACAAGUUCAAAUUCAGCAACUUCUGGAGGGCUAUGGAUUUCCCCUUUCCUAGUAUACUGGCAGUGCAAACUUUACACUGGGUAAUUAAUUGACAAUUUGAUAUGUUGUUUGUAGUUUUUUUUUAAGUUUUAAUUUUGUUGAAACAUGUUUUCUAUGUCUGUUCCAAAGGCCUUUUGUGUUAUAAUAUAGCAUAGCUUGAACUCGUCUAAAAAGAGGGAGUUUUAAAAUGUUACUGGCUGGUUCAGUAUACCACUUUAGUCUCUCCUUUAAUUAGUUGUCUGUAGCAACAUAUUCUUAUUCUUUUAUUCUAUAAUUAUGUAAUACAGUGUUGAUGAGCAUGCCUUCUAUAGCUAUUAUGUAUAUGUUUUGAGACUUUGUAAUUUUCAGUUUGCUAUUCGGUUAGAUGAUAAUAUUUAAUGCAACUGUGGAUUUCUGCUCUGCUCAAGUGAUUGUGCAUCUGAUCACCAAAAAUAUAGAGAAUUUAUAACUUUCAUAUGUUUAUUUUAAAAAUACAACAUGUACAGUUAUCAAGAAAUCUGAGAUGUAGAAUUUAUGGCAGAAGUGUUUUAGUGCGCCUUUAAAAGAGAGAUUUAAUAUAGUUUUUAAAAGAUCUUACUUUGCACUAGGGUUGCCAAAUGCCCCAUUUUAUUUCCAGUUAUGGCAAAUUCCUUAGAAUAUAAUGAAUUUCCCUUACUUUGAAAUGGCCUGGCUUCAUUUUUUGGUUUCAGUUCUAUUGGUACAUACUUAUUUAUAAUUUAUUUAAUCAUGGUUUAUUCACCCCUACAUUAAGAACUCAGACAAUAAGCUUGGCUAAAAUAUAGCUGACUGCAUUAUCGUGUAGAACGUUGUGUAAAAGUAGCUUAAUUUAUCUUAAAAUGAGUCACAAUGUGACUCAUUUUAACCAUAUAAAUAUUUAUUUAACCAUAUAAAUAUUCCUCUGCUUACUUUGGUUAAGACAAAGAGCAAAUAUAAGAAGAGAGGUUUUGAGGUGGUUCAGUGUUCAUUGCUGAACACUUUAAUCUCCUUUACCUGUAUUAUUACAAAAUAAAUCUAAAAAAUAAAACUUUAGAUAUAUUGCACCAUCUUUUCUAGUAAUCACACGAUCCAGAACUAUAGCUAGAUAUUCCAAUCUGUUCUAAAUCUUGUUUAGCCAAUUUAUAUGUUUUGUAAUGAAUAUCUGAAGUGAUGACAACAGUAAAUUUGUUUUUUAUUUGAAAAAGCUUUAUAAAUUAUUGUUUCAACCAGCACUUCAGAUAACUACAAAACUGAGAUACAUAGGAAAAAUCAUUCUUUUUAUAAUCACAAUUCAUGAGUGGAAAAUGCUGUUCCCCUUACAUGACUGAGUAUUGAAGGUACAGUUAAUUGAUAGAGAAUUAGAAUUAGUGAAAUACAAUUACAUUAUUAUAGACUAGCUAUUUAUGUAUGGUAUGGCAAUUUUUAAUACAUUUAUUUCUAAAAGAAUUAUACAUUGAUCUUUUUUUAGGGAAGUUCACCAGAAAAAAAGAUGUCUGCAAUAGCAUAAUAAAAUUCCACUCUUUUUAUACAUCAGUAAAAGGGCAGGGUCAAAAUCACACAGUUACAUAUAUCACCUUAACUUUUUUGAGAUUUCCCUGCAUAUUUUGACUUUAUUUAUCAUUAGGUGGAUACCUAUACAGGUAGUCCUCAACUUACACCCACAAUUGAGCUCAAAAUUUCUGUUGCUAGGUGAGACAGUUGUUAGGUGAAUUUUGCCCUAUUUUACGUUCUUUCUUGCCACGGCUGUUAAGUAAAUCACUGCAGUUAAGUUAGUAACACGAUUGUUAAGUGAAUCUUGCUUCCCCAUUGACUUUGCUUGUCAGAAGGUUGCAAAAGGUGAUCACAUGACCCUGGGACACUGCAACUGUCAUAAAUACAUGCCAGUUGCCAAGUGUCUGAAUUUUGUUCACAUGACCAUGGGGCUGCUGCAACAAUUCUAAGUGUGUAAAGUGGUCAUAUAAGUCACUUUUUUCAGUGCCUUUAUAACUUCAAACUGUCACUAAAUGAACUGUUGUAACUCGAGGACUACCUGUAUUUAGCCACUGAAAAAUGUUCCUCAGAUUAAGAAAAUAUGAUGUUCGUAAACCACUGUUUUAUGGAAGCAUGGCUUAAAUUCAAGAAUAUCUGUAUUAGCUCUAAUCUAUUUAAGGUGAGAAAUUCCUAUGUGUGAUUUCUAGCUGUAAACAAUACAAAUAAAGUGCCAUUUCAAAAUGCAUUAAAUCUGAGCAAAUUGUAGGCUA